CGGAAGGGGCGGGGGCGGGACUACAGAGCUUGUCACAGUGCAGGUGGAGAGCAGUGUGAUCUGGAGGUGGAUUAUUUACAACAAAUUCAACUACUAAAUAAGAAGUUAAACGACUGACUGGUGGUAAUACGAAGCGGUGGCAUUUUGACCUCCAUCUCCGGUCUACAUUCGUCCUUUAACUGUUUGUUAUUUGACAGCUAGAGUCGGAUAAACAUCGACAGCAGCUAACAGCAGCUACCAAGUCUGUAGAUCAGCUGCCUCAGCGCUGCAUGUGCGGCAAUAACAUGUCUGUGCCUUUACCUGCCAUCGUGCCUGCUGCAAGGAAAGCCACUGCUGCGGUGAUAUUUCUGCAUGGCCUCGGUGAUACGGGGCAUGGCUGGGCCGAAGGUCUCGCAGGCAUCAGGCUACCACAUGUGAAAUACAUCUGUCCACAUGCUCCCACCAUGCCUGUUUCUGCCAACAUGAGAAUGUCAAUGCCUGCUUGGUUUGAUAUCUACGGGUUGAGCCCAGAUGCAGCUGAAGAUGAGGCUGGUAUUAAAAGAGCGUCGGAGAACAUUAAAGCCUUGAUAGACCAAGAAGUGAGGAAUGGAAUUCCUUCACACAGAAUCGUCCUGGGGGGAUUUUCACAGGGUGGAGCGUUGUCUCUCUACACGGCUUUGACGACUCAGCAGAAGCUAGCCGGCGUGGUCGCUAUGAGCUGCUGGCUCCCUCUACGCAAAUCCUUCCCUCAGGCGUCUGCCAACUGCGUUAACAAGGACAUGCAUGUCCUACAAUGCCACGGGGACGCCGACCCCCUGGUGCCCUUUAUGUUUGGCAGCCAGACAGCGGAGAAGAUGAAAAGCCUCAUCAACCCAGCCAACGUCACCUUCAAGACGUAUCGGGGUCUACCUCACAGCGCCUGUCCGGAGGAAAUGGUGGAUGUCAAACGAUUCAUAGAGAAGUAUCUUCCUCCCAUCAGCGAGCUGUGAACUUGGGAGCAGCCGCACAACCGCGCAGCAUCAUCAGGGUCCGUUGGGCUCGACUCCAGUGAGACUCCGUGGACUCCUGACGUACUUGACAAUAAAACCACGCUGCUGCUGUUCAUAAAGCCAGACAGGACUGGGGCUUCACGUUAACCCGGGAGAGGCAUGACGAUAAACAAUGCUGUAUCCUGACCCGGAGCCACAAACAACCCUCAGUAUUAGAGUAACAGUAGUUGCUUGAUUGUAAAGCUAUUUGCCAUUGAGACAAGCCAUUUCCUGCAGGAAACGUAUGUAUUGGAAUAACUAGGGCUAUACUUAAUGGUUAAAUACCUACUCUCUUACAAUAAAUGGCCUGUUGUUAAAUGCUCUUUUUCUAUUAUCGAGGCCUUUGUGUAGUAGUGCUGAAACAAGUUAUGAGUCAAUAAAUUAAGCAGUUUAAUUUUA